AUGAACCAGUUACCGCAAGAUUCAUUCCAGCCUGGGACCGUUCUGACGGUAGGUUCCCACAAAGUGAAGGUUGUAAAAUAUCUCACAAGUGGUGGUUUUGCUCAAAUUUACUGCUGUGAGGUGAUCUCACCUGAUUCCAAGGUUAAAGAUGUUGCAUGUUUAAAGAGAGUACACGUGCCCGACAAGCAGAGUCUAAAUACCCUAAGAGCAGAAGUAGAUGCUAUGAAGUUACUAAGGGGUAAUAAGCAUAUUGUUUCGUAUAUUGAUUCUCAUGCUUCAAAAUCCGUCUUAAAUAACGGUUCCUAUGAGGUGGUAUUAUUGAUGGAAUAUUGUUCCAGAGGCGGGCUAAUUAGUUUUAUGAACACUAGACUUCAGGAUAGAUUAAAAGAGUUUGAAGUACUCAGGAUUAUGAACCAAGUUGUGCAAGGAAUAUUAGCUAUGCAUGCGUUACAACCACCAUUGAUACACCGCGAUAUCAAAAUUGAAAAUGUAUUAAUCGCUGAAAAUGGAGACUGUAAAGUUUGUGACUUUGGAUCUGUAUGCGGUGUUAUAAGGCCUCCAAAGAAUACUUACGAAUUAUCUUAUGUCCAGCAUGAUAUUUUGAAGAAUACUACUGCGCAAUAUAGAGCCCCAGAAAUGAUUGACUUAUAUCGUGGGUUUUCCGUAGAUGAAAAAUCUGAUAUUUGGGCUCUAGGAGUUUUCUUGUAUAAGCUCUGCUAUUAUACCACACCAUUUGAGAAAACUGGCGAAGUUGCAAUAUUAAAAGCAAAUUUUCAGUUUCCGUCGUAUCCACAAUAUAGUAACCGUUUAAAGAAUUUAAUAACUGUGAUGUUGGCUGAAAAUCCAAUCCACAGACCUAACAGUUGUCAAGUUUUGGAAGAAGUAUGUCGUAUUCAGGGUCAGCCUUGCCCAGUAAAGAACUUUUACUUGGAACGGUCCUUGAAGCAACAGAUACCAUCUCAGCUUCGUCAUUCAGUAAGCCAACCAAUGAUAGCGAUGAAUCCUCAACAAGCAAAAAUUCCUAUCGUUAUUCCACAAGUACAGAACUCUGUCCUCCCAUCCAACACAAUGAAUAUGGGAUACGUUACUGGUGCUUUCCAGCCAGCUAGUCAACCUAAUGAGGUACGUGGUGAUACAGCUUUAAGGGUUAGUAAAGCUAAAUUAUUAUCUACAGCAUGUGAUUGGGACAAAACACAGAACUUUGUGCCCGGAUCCAAUUAUAAUAGUAAAGCAUCAGUUGAAAGUGGUCAUCUCCCAACAUCGUCUCUUCCAACACCAAGAUCAUCCGUAAGUCCAGUAAGGAGUGGACGUGGUAAUAUCAAUAAAAUAAUAGCGGCUAAUCCUAUCAACAUCAAAAGACCAGUUUACGUCGAUUCAGAAAUGCAAACAACUGAUUUAGCAUCCUUAAAAAAGGCCAACUCUCGUCCGCUUUCUCUUUCCCUUUCAUCUUUGCCGUCGCAAGAAUCAUUUUCUUUGCAUUACACAGGAAUUAGCGCUGUCGAAUCAAGUCAACAGUUCCAGGGUCCAGUUACCUUCGAUAAGAAUAAUCUUCUGGUUAAUUCUAAAAGUAAUACAGGUGAUAGUAAAUCUUCAUCUCCAGAGUUGAUAAAUCGUACUUUACGUUACUCCUAUCAUGCCCCAGAACCUGCCAGCUGGGAAAGCUCAGAAAUGUCAUCAAAAAAACUUCCGUAUUUAAAUGCAAUCUUAAAAACUCCAAAAUCACUCUCUGCCGCCGAGGUCAGUGAGAGUCGGCGAAGUGAGCUGGAACGUGAUUCUUUGGCUAAUGUCCCCAUCAAUAAUGAGUAUGCUGUGGAUCCAGAUUCUGGGGGGUAUCAUCCUAGUAGCGGUGGUUUGGUGAGCUUAUUGUCAACAAAGAAUGGCCAGGUGUCCAUCCAAAAACGUGUUCAUUUAUUAUUAGCUAACUCAGAUGCUCAAGAAUUGUACUCAAGCACCAAUAGUGAAGCUGUGAACUCUGGAAAUAUUUCGGUCGGUAAUGAAGAAUUGAAUUCAGAUGAUAAUAUCAAGCCUGAGAAGCCUCCUGUUAUGCCGGUCUCAAGAUCCAAAUCACAAUUCAACACACCAAGCGUAGUGAAAUUUUCUACGAAGAAUCAGAAGAAACCACCAGAAAAGCCAUUCAAACCGGUGCACUUGCGGCCGACUCCUCCUCCAAAGCCUGCACACUUAAAAUCCCCUCCCGUUAACAAGAAGCGGAUGCCUAAAGAUACCAAAAGCGCUAUCGAAUGCUGA